AUGGAUGCUUUAAGUUUGAUACUGAAUGUUCCUAAAGAACAAUUACAGCCUGAAGGUGAGCUGGAUCUAGAUAAAACUUUAAAAAGUUUCCUUCAGCAAUGUCAGGAGUCGGAAAGUAACACUUCUGAUUCUUUAUUAGAUGAUUUAGAAACUUUAGAAAAAAAACAUAAUAAAAUUGAAUAUACAAUUAAUGAUUUAGUUCCUAAAUUACGCCAGGAUAUCAUAGGUUUUAAUAACCAAUUACAGAGUUUUACUAAUGAUUUGGGCUAUAUACGAGAGAAAUCUAACGAACUUAAAAGUCUUUUAGAAUCGAAUUCAACUAUGCUGAAAGAUAUUAGUCCGUUGGUUGAUGAUUUGAUUUUAUCACCUAAUUCUAUUAAUGAUAUUAUAAACGGGAAGAUUUGUAAUAAAUGGCAAUCAAACAUUGAAUAUAUUCGAAAUAAAAGAGAAAUUUAUUCUAAAUAUAAUGAUACCACUAACGAAAAAGAUGAAGUUCCCAUUGAUUUCAAGCAGUUAAAUAAAGUUUUAGAUGAUCUCGAAAAGGUUCUCCUUGAAAGAUCAAAAAAAUUCAUAGUGCAUAAGAUCAAAGCACUGAGAAAUCAUGAUACAAUCCCUUCUCAAAAAAUACAAGAAAAGCUUUUGGAAGUAAAAGAGAUUUUUCCUUUUAUUGUUGAUAAUAAUUAUUCGUUAGCCUUAGAAUUAAGACAAGCAUAUGCAUACACCAUGCGCUGGUAUUACAAAUCUUAUUUUGCAAGAUAUAUCAGAUCGUUAACAAUAUUACCGUUGAAGAAUAUUGAUAAUCAAUAUGCUCUUGGCAAUGGACUAUCAAAUACUUCUGUGAAUAGCGCAGCGUCGUAUUUAUUUCCAACAUAUUUAUCAAGUACUUACUCAAAAUCAAUAAAUUUAAUUAGUGACGAAAAUAUUGCAGAUUACUUUCAAAUUAAUAAAAGAUUGAAUAUUUUGACUCAGGCAGAUAAUACUGUAAUGGUCUCCCAAAUUGCUGAAAAUAAUCCAAAGGAGAAUUAUUUGGAAAUAGGGUUUAAAAAUUUAAAUUUAGCAAUAUUAGAUAAUUGCAAAGCAGAAUUUAAAUUUUUGAAUGAAUUUUUUCACACAAGUAAUGACAAGGAAGAAUUAAGUGGUAUUUUAGAACAAAUAUUUCAACCAACCUUGGAUGAAGCAACCAAAUAUACCGAAGCUUUGCUAGAAUAUAGUUUUGAUAUAUUUGGUGUUUUAAUUAGCAUUCGUAUUGGACAGCAAUUGCAGUAUGAGGCAAAUAGAUCAGAAUUGCCGGUUAUUUCGGACUAUAUCAACUCUCAAUUAAUUAUUUUAUGGCCAAAAUUUCAACAAUUAGUUGAUUUUCAAUGUGAUAGUAUUAGGAAGAUUGCAGUUACUACCAAUAUUGCAAAAGGUUUUGGAACUUCUAAAAAUUCUGAUUCAUUAACUACACCACAUGAAUUAACAGUUCAAUUUUCCCAAUUUUUGACCAGUUUUUUAACUUUGGCUAUAGCACACAAAAAUGAUAUUGAUGAACGGUCAGAACCAGUUUAUAAUUCCAUCACUAGAUUAAGAAAUGAUUUUGAAACGAUAAUGACCAAAUGUAGUAAAAAAUCAAGCUCGCCUGAAAGAUUUCUAGCUACUAAUUAUUUAUAUUUAUAUAACGCUUUGCAGCAAAAAAUUUUAAGAAUGGAUGAAGACGAGACAGGUGAUAGUAUGCCUCUAAUUAUUAAAGAAACAGAGGAACAUUAUAGUACCCUAGUACGUGCAUUUUCAGAAAAAUAA